UAUGGAUGUAGAAACAAAUACAGAUGUUUCCUUUAUUCUUGAAAAACUGAAAAUAAAAUCUGAAAAGAAAUUCGAACAUGAAAGAAUUGGUUUAGAAAUUUAAUAAACGACAAAGUUUUAUUUACCUCCUCGAAAUAAAGCUAUUAAGACUCAAUAUUGUCACAUCUAUUAUAUGCGUUAUUUAAGUUUAGUCAAAAGAUUUAAGACUGAUAGUAAAGAUUGUUAAUUCAUUGAAUUGAUUUAAAAGAUUUAAAAUUAAUAAGGAACAAUAUAGGCAAUUGGAACUAUUUUUAAAGAAAUGAAAUUAAAACCAUAUUAUUUUUCUCAGAAUGCAUAUAAGACUGUUUAAAGUAAAUAAAAUAUUUAUACUACAGAUUAUGUUUCUAAUGAUGAUGUUUGCUAUUUAGAAGAUAGAUCCGGAAGAAUUAAAUUAUAAAUUAAUAAUGCUUAACUAUGUCUUCCAAAUAAAAAAGAUAAAAUAGUUAAUGUUUCAGAUCUAAUAACAGGAAUUACUUUGAUGAUUGAAGGAUAGAUUGUAGCAAAUAAUAUAGUAAAGGUUGAAAGAAUAUAUUUGCCUAAUCUACCUUAAACACCUAUGUUGAAGCCAUUAAAUUUGACUUCAUAUGUCUGCUUAAUAUCAGGAUUAAAUUAUAAUGCCUCAGAAAGUACAACAAAAUAUAGACACAUGAUUGACUAUUUGUAAGGCAAUCUUUAUAGUGGUGAAGGAAGAGAGGUAAUAUUUAAUAAAAUAAUUUAGAUUCCAUAUCAUAUUUCAUAAGUAAUAUUUGUUGGAAAUUUAUAUUCUAAAUAAGAAGAGAUUACUGAUUAAUAAACGCUAAAACCUUAAUAAGAUUUUAAAGGUUAAUAGAGCAAAUUAUAAAUAAACAUAAAAGCAGUUGAUGAAUUAAUUAGUUAAUUAGCAUCUGUUACACCAGUAGCGAUAAUGCCAGGUCCUAAUGAUCCAGUUUCUUAAAUGCUUCCAUAGACUCCUUUACAUAAAUCAUAUUUCUCAGAAACAUUUAAAUAAAAAAAUUAACUUAUUUUUUUAACUAAUCCAGCUGAAUUUACAUUAGGAGAUAUUAAGAUUCUUGGAACAAGUGGAUAAAAUAUAUCAGAUAUUAAAAGAUGUUCAUUAAUUAAAGAUUAAUUAGAUAUAGAUUUAUUAGAGAUGACAAUAUUUUAUGGAAAUUUAGCUCCAACUGCUCCAGAUACUUUAAUGUAUUCAUUUAUUUAAACUUUAAAGUUCAUAUCCAUUAUAAAAUUAGGAUCCAUUUAUUUUAGAAGAAUUACCCAAUAUUUACUUUGCUGGAAAUAUGGAAAAUUUUGGAACUAAAAUUGUUGCUGAAAAAGUUAGAAUUGUUAGUAUACCAGCAUUUUCUGAAACUGGAACAAUCUGCUUAAUUAACUUAAACACAUUUGAAUGUUUUCCUGUUCAUAUAUAAUGA